GCUAAAAUAAAAUUAACAGAAACAGUGAAAUCUUCUAUUCUGUAGCGUUCAAAACCAAAGAAACACACUAUCUUUGUGACCAGUGUGCAAAAUUCAUUAUGCAGGUAAGGUGUACUACUGUAUCUCCCUUUUUCUAGGAGGUACUUCAGCAAAGGGGAAAGGGAUAGGAGUGGUUGACAAGACCUUCCAUAACAAAGAAGCAAUCAACAGGAUUUUGGUAAGACUGAAACUACCUUCUUUAAAUUUUGUAUUUAGAACGUCACAACUACUACCACCAAGUCUAAGCUCCUAGUAGUAGCCAGUAGUUUUAUGACCAUUUUAAGAAUCCAUGACCAGUUUAACAUCACAGAAGUUCUAUUUCUAUUCCUCCCUCACCUAAGUUUUGAUUUUUCAUUUACAUAAUUUUUGUGUUUCCUUCUUACUUCUAAAGAGCAGCAAACAACUUUUUUGCACAAGGAUAAAAGACAAUGUUGAAACCUGGCCCUCUCUAGUCAUGUUUGUGUGCCAGCAACACAGUCUUUUUGUGGCCUUGCAACUCCGAUCUCAGAUUCUUACCACCUGCCAGCUUGUACUCUUCCUUGGCUAAGAAAUACACAUCUGUUCAUCCCUUAGCUUGUAGGCCAGCUGAAUACAGUUCCUACAGGUCAUGGCCUUGUGCCCAACCUGUUAAUCUGCACUCCUUAGUAACCAUUAAACAUUACCUAUCACCUUUGUCAAGGGGAGGAGAUGGAUGUUUAUUUAUCACUUGGAUAGGUUUGCACUUAUACAAAGAUCUUAGAUAACUGAGAGGGAACUUGGUCAUUUAUACACCUCACAAGAAUGAAGUAGACUUUCAACAGAAGUCUAUCUUUGUCCUACUGAUCUGCCGACAUUAUGACGUCUUUGGUUUACACAGAAGCAAAAAAUAUUGUGAUCUGAAUGUGCUGACAUGUAGAAAAAGAACUCUGACCUCUAGCUCUCCCAUCCUAUGCAUUGAGCAGAACAGGACUUACUCCAGCCUGCAAAGGACACAAAUCUCAAGCAAGACGGAAGUUCUAUUCAUACACAUUGAACAUGUAAAAUCAAAAGCUAAUGCUACAUGGAGAUGCAUAAACCAGAUCUCAGAUGAGAAGUAGCUUCAAAGGUCAGAGAUGUGCUAGCCCGAACUCAGCACAAUUUUUGGAUCAGUGCUAGUUAAUUAAUAAUCUUAUGCAUUAUUUAAACUCAAAUCCUCAGUUAGCGAUACAUAUAUAUCCAGCUUUACAAAGUGAUACAAGUGACAACACACUACCAAACAGCAAGCUCAAGAUUCCAUAACUACCCAUUCUUACCUUGAGGAAUAUUUAGCUAAUAAUUAUCGUUUAUGCAAAUAAAGCAAUGUCUGGCUAAAGACUUCCAUUCAUUCCAUGCAAAACCAGAGCUGGUACACUCCUGUCAAAAAGCUAUCCAGGAACACAUUAAUGAAGUAAACACUGGGAAAAUGGAAAGACCACUUGAGGCUACCAGAAUGGAAAACAACAUCUCAUCCUGCCUUCUCAUGGAAAGAAAGACUCAUGUCAAGAUUAACAGGAAAGAAAUCAUGCUAGCUAAGCUGAGAAAGAGCUGCUCCUGCACACCACAGAAGCUGAAGAACUUUCUUAUGGACUUCUUUCCUGUUUUACGAUGGCUUCCCAAGUACCGAUGCAAAGACUACAUUUGGGGGGAUGUUAUGUCUGGGUUAGUGAUUGGGAUAAUUUUGGUGCCUCAAGCAAUUGCAUACUCACUACUGGCAGGUCUGAAGCCCAUUUAUAGCCUUUACACAUCCUUCUUUGCCAACAUAAUCUAUUUCUUAAUGGGCACAUCCCGUCACGUCUCAGUUGGCAUUUUCAGCUUGAUAAGCUUAAUGGUGGGACAAGUUGUGGACCGAGAACUUCUCUUGGCUGGGUUUGACUUGAAUGAUGAUGCCCCACCAGCCUCAGGUGAUGGCUCUCUGCAGAAUGACAAUCUGUCCAACACAACUGCCUUCAACCUUACCAUUGCAGGGAUAAAUGCUGAGUGUGGGAAAGAGUGCUAUGCUAUUGGCAUUGCUACAGCCUUGACAUUCGUGGCUGGAGUGUAUCAGGUUCUAAUGGGGAUCUUCCGUCUGGGUUUCGUAUCUAUGUACCUAUCUGAGUCCGUACUAGAUGGCUUUGCAACUGGUGCUUCCUUAACCAUUUUAACAGCUCAAGUGAAAUAUCUUAUUGGAAUAAAAAUUCCACGUAACCAAGGCCAUGGGAUGCUAGUUAUUACCUGGAUUAACAUUUUCCGGAACAUUUCUCAGGCUAACCUUUGUGAUAUCAUCACAAGUGCCAUUUGUAUUGUGGUGCUGGUCACUGCUAAGGAACUCGGAGAUCGUUAUAAGCAUAAACUGAAAUUUCCUCUUCCCACAGAGCUGGUAGUUAUUGUUGUGGCAACACUGGUGUCACACUAUGGUAAGUUAAAUGAAGUGUAUGCAUCUAGUGUUUCUGGAGCAAUUCCAACAGGAUUUAUCCCUCCAAAGGUACCAGAGUUCAACUUAAUGCUCCGAGUUGCUCUAGAUGCUUUGCCUCUUGCCAUAGUCAGUUUUGUCUUCACUGUAUCCCUUUCUGAAAUGUUUGCAAAGAAAUAUGCUUACACCAUCCGAGCCAAUCAGGAAAUGUUUGCUGUGGGGUUCUGCAACAUCAUUCCUUCCUUCUUCCACUCUUUUGCGACCAGUGCAGCUCUGGCAAAAACACUUGUCAAAACAUCUACAGGCUGCCAGACUCAAAUCUCUGGAGUAAUUAGUGCAAUGGUGGUUUUGCUGGUGUUGCUCUUCCUGGCACCUCUCUUCUACUCCUUGCAGAAGUGUGUCCUGGCUUGUAUUAUCAUUGUGAGCCUUCGGGGAGCCCUGAGGAAGUUCCGAGAUGUGCCAGCACGGUACCGUGUGAAUAAGGUGGACACACUUGUUUGGGUAGUUACCAUGUCUGCCUCUGCCUUUGUCAGCACAGAAAUAGGGCUCUUGGUUGGCAUUGUUUUCUCCAUGUUAUGCAUCAUUGUUCAGACGCAGCGGCCACGGACAGCCCUGCUUGGUCAGAUUCAAGAUACAAGCUUUUAUGAAGAUGACUCAGAAUAUGAAAAUCUCUCUACUGUUCCAAAGGUCAAAAUAUUUCGUUUUGAAGCCCCACUUUACUAUGCAAAUAGAAACUACUUCCUAAAGUCUCUGUACAGAUUGACCAAUUUAGAUCCUAACCUAGAAGCUGCUAGGAGGAAGAAAUAUGAGAAGAAGGAAAAGCAGCAUCUGAAAAAGGGAAAUCACGGAACAGCUAAUGGACUAGGCAUCGGAGAAUCCACUUCGCAACUAGUUCCUAAGCAAAUUGAUUUCCAAGCCCUUGUUGUUGAUUGCUCUUCCAUCUCAUUUUUGGACACCACUGGAGUUAAUACUUUGAAGGAAAUCCUGAAAGACUACAAGAAUUUAAACAUUUCUGUUCUCCUGGCUUGCUGCAGUCCCUCAGUGAUAGAUUCUCUAAAAAGAGGAGGUUACUUUGGAAAGGAUUUUGGAUGUAUGCAGGAAAUGCUAUUCUACAGUAUACAUAAUGCUGUGCUGUUUGCAAAAGACCAAAAGCUUCCAGCAGACUGCUCAGUUUAA